AGGUAUUAUUUCAAUUGGUCACUGAAGAAGAGUAUUUAUCUUCAUUCAGCACUAAGGACAAAAUACAUGGACUUUUACAAUCUUUAUAAGGGGAAAGGUUGCUUAGUAGACUUCAGGUUUAAUGGUGAAGACUAGAAAAUAAUCAUACCUAGGAGGCUAGUAAGUAACAACCCUCAAAGCUUAUCAUUAAAGGUCAAGUACCUGUUGAAAUCCUGCCCCCACCCAAUGACUCUUCCCACUGUGCCUACUGCCUCUGAUUUUAACCCAUUAAAAGAAUAAAGCUGGAGAGAGCGAGAGUACGAAGCGCGGCAACCCGAGUCAUGGCAGGACAGGCAUUUAGAAAGUUUCUUCCCCUCUUUGACCGAGUAUUAGUUGAAAGAAGUGCACCCGAAGUUGUAACCAAAGGAGGCAUUAUGCUUCCAGAAAAAUCGCAAGGAAAAGUAUUGCAAGCAAUGGUAGUAGCUGUUGGAUCAGGCUCUAAAGGAAAGGCUGGAGAGAUUCAACCAGUUAGUGUGAAAGUUGGAGAUAAAGUUCUUCUCCCAGAAUACGGAGGCACCAAAGUAGUUCUAGAUGACAAGGAUUAUUUCCUAUUUAGAGAUGGUGACAUUCUUGGAAAAUAUGUCGACUAAAAUAAGUCACUAUUGAAAUGGCAUCACGUGAAGCUGCCCGUUCCCCCAAUGGCAUCACGUGAAGCUGCCACUGAAGUUCUGAAAUCUUUCAUCCUGUAAAUAAUUUCCGUGUUUCUUUUAUAAUAAAGUAAUGAUAUCCAAACUAAUGAUAUUCAGUGUCUCUGAAAUUUAGUUUUCUCUGUAUUGAUUUAAACAUUCCCAAAUAAAAGUAUAUAAAUGAAAAAAAAAAAAAAA